AUGGAACUCUGUAAGUGCUUAUUCGAGGCUAGAGGUGAAUCUGUUUGUGCCGAGUCUGGCGGCAAGUUAAUAAAACUUUCAGACUGCAAGAGCAGUAUCGACGAUUCACUGCGAAAGUUGAACGUCCUCAGUCAUUUUCAGGGGCAACUCCUCGAAUAUGACCUUAUCCUCAACAGAUCAGGUCUAGCACACGACCUUUCGUUCGAUCAACUUGAGCGGCUCUGGAUAUGUGAAAAACACAGAAACGACAUGGGGAAAUGCUGGCGACCUCGUCAAACCUGCCAGUACCCACUGCAUCGUCCAGGCCCAAAGAAAAAGCUUAGAACGAGAAAUGCCGUACACCCAAGUAUGUCAAGGGAAAUUCAUCUAAUCUUUGGAAAGAACGUUCCAAUAGGAUCCCGUGAGUAUAAUCUAUAUUUUGCCCAGGUUACCUUUUGUUUAAAACUCCUGUGCAUUUUCGUAGAAAUCCAAGGGAAGGCGCCAGAAAAGUUGCGUGCAAAUAUAUAAUCUUAUUACGUCUCUGUUUGCCUAGCAGGUUUGUGAUAUUUAUUCAUUGGGCAUUUGAGGCUUUCUAGAACAAUUGCAGUUCGUCUUCAAGUAAAAGCUUGUCUCCUGAAAGCAAAUUAAAUUAAGUAUGCUUUUUGUCUCUACGAAAUUCACUCAUUCACUCCUGUUCUCUCUAUGUCUGUUUGUUGGUUUGUUUGUAUGUUUUUAACAUUCAGUCAUUCCUUUCUGGCGAUUUAUCUCAUUAUUUCGCUACUUUUAUUUUCAGUGAUCUGUGUAUCUUGCUUUAACUUACACAAAGUCAAGCUAGAAGAAAAUGAUGCUCUAAUGAAACAGAAAGGAGGCAAAGACAACGAACAGGAUGAUAACCCGUCAAGGUACACAAUUUCCGUCGCAAAAUAUCAGUAUCAGUACGUUGCUAUAAACUAAGUAACUAUUGAUGAAUUUCAACCCCAAAUUAAACACAUUUCUUUCUAGGUACAAAAAAUUGUUCAGUGUGUCGUAUUAAAAGGGUUUCGUAUCACUUCAUUUUUAUUUAAUAGGGACAGGUUUUAUGUGCGCAGCUUACUACGAGUCCUCUUUGUUUUAUCCUAUGAACUUUUUUAUUUAACGCCUCAACGACAAUGACGAUAACAAUCAAGCAAAAAGAAAACUUGAAUCCGGUAUGUGUUAAUUUUUAUUUCCUUAAUUGUACAGACUUGUAAAAUGUAUUGCAUCUAUGAAGAUCUCAGCUGCAGUAUCUUCUACGCCUUCGGUGACACCGGCAGCAAAAGCAGCUGAGUGGACAACGGGGUGUAGGCCCUCGGACUGUAGCUCUGGGGAGGAGGAUGUUUCUGAAAGCGUGGCAGAGUCCGCCAUAUCAGAAUUCAAUGCCGCCAUGGGGAAGCUUAAUGAGGUUUCUACAACUAGACAG